UUUAGCAGUAAUUUUUUUACUGAAUUAUGUCAUGGCAGUUAACGACCACGCAGCCAGCCAGUAAAAAAUAUAUAUUUUUAAUCAGUUUUGCUAGGAAUUUUUACCUGAUUUUUUUUCAGAGAAGAUGCCUCUGAAAAGAGAGGCUCAAAACUUUAGCGAUAUCGCAUCCACUUCUAAUCUGGAAGACGAUGUGAGCAACUCUAUUCCUAUUGACUGGCAGAAGCUGGCUAGCAUUGAGCUUUCAGAACUUGCAUCAGCAAAGGAAAUCAGCUCGUCGCUUCUUUCGGACCAUUUGUUGUACAUCUCCAUGUGCGAUGCAGGGAAAGAAUUAGACUUGACGAGACCGUCUGACCAAAAAUCUUUGCUGAAACUGUUUAGGAUCGCCCAGAUGCUUCUGCAGCUGGCUUCUUCGAGACAAAGAUGCCUCGAACAAGAACUUGCCAAAACCAAACAUAGUCUUGUUUCCUACGUGGAUAAAUGCACACAGAUUAGAAGCCAACUACAUCAACAAGUUUCGGAAGCAAAAAAGAUGAAAAUCACUAACAAAAACUUACGAGAAACAGUGAAACACAUUAAUACGGUCGCAAUUAGCAAAGGUCUGCUACAACCGGUGAAAUGUGAUUCAUGCUUCAAAAUUUUCAGAGAUAAAAGCUUCUUGGAAGCUCACCAAGCGCGCAAGCAUCAGAUGCGGCAGCCAUCUUCCGUGUGCAGAGCAUCAGAUUGUACGCAAAUGCUUCGGCAGCUCAAAAAUUCUGAUAACACGAAUGAAUUCGGUGAGCAACGAACGCCCGCAGGAUCGACGCAAAGAAAGAAUGACGAAUCAAAUGAAAUCGAGUUAUUUUUCGACAAAAUUUAUAAUUGUGCCGAAAUGAAAAACAAGUCGAGUAGUAGAUCCCAAAAGGAAGAAAAGCUAUGUAUGAAUGCUAUAGACGCGUCAUCUCUGCCCGGUGCAUUCAGGACUAACGAAGAGCCUACCACAAGUAAACAGCUAGCAGCAGUACAGCAAACCUGUGAACAGCUGCAAACCAAAAUGAAAGAAAUGAUGGCGAAUUUCAAGCAAAGAGAAGUAGAAUUUAAGGCUGAACAUGAAAGAAUAAAGGAUGAAUACCUCGUAGUAAAUAGUGAGAAAUUAAUUCUCGAAGAAAAGUUUCGAGCACAAUUUGAUAUCAUGAAUUCCAAGAUAAAAAAUUUGGAAGAGCUUACUGGAAAACUUGAUCCAUUGAAACAAGGAACUUCCUCCUCGGCUCUCACGGAAGAGGGUAAGCUACAGUAUCGUUUUCAAUAUAAUGAAUGCCAUGACGACGACAGUGAAAUUCACAAAAAGAAAUCUAAUUGUGAUUUAGAAGUCGUUAUCAAUACCAGAGAUGCAAUGAAUGAAUCAUCACAGUCAGCGACACAAGCAAAAUUGAUAGCUAAAAAGCUAAUCGACAAAGAGAAGAAUGACAUCGAAUCAGAAGGAUUGUACAACUAUCACGGUAAUGUCGCACUGUCAUCAAUAACUGAAAAUUCUGCAGAAACUGAAGAGAAUUGCUCAAAAGAAGAUAGCAUAUGCGAUGUGAAGUCUCUUUCCUUAGACGAAAACAGUGAAUUUUUAAGAGAAGAGAAUCCUUAUCACCCAGAAGAUGCAAAAAAAGAUGAAAUUUUUAGUAAAAACACGACUAAAAACAGACGUAGUAAUGGGCUUCAAUUUAAAAACUUACCUCCUAGACCUCCGUCACAAGCAAAAGAGAGACAUGAAAGAGUGCGUUUCCUCGAGAGAACCGCUGAUAAUUCGAUUAAUUCGGAAACAACUGCUUCAGAAGAAAAAGGAGCGAUGGCUGAACGAAAAACUGGUGGCAAGGAUGACAUGUCAGAAAGUAGUGAAUCAGACAGCCAAGAGUCAUCCAAUCAAAAAACUAAAAAAAUUUACGAGCGGAGAUCCCAGGAUUCCAAUAAAAUAGCCUCAGAGUUCAAUAAAAUAAAAAAUGACGAAUGGAGUUCACCUGAUACUGACGAUGAAGCAGAAGACCUUAAUAAAGUUGAGUGUAAGAAAGAUUCUGACGAUGAUGAAGAUUCGGGUACAAUUAAGGACGCAAGUGAACAGCGAUUUGACGAGAUUUUAAAAUCAAAUCCUGAGAUAUGGACGCAGCUGAGAUCAGCGACCAAACAGGUGGUUGACGGCCGGCUCGUUGCCCUCAAUAUCCACGGUAGAGUCGACGAAGAGUCGUACAAAAAAGCUGCACGGGAGCUGAAACGUCAGAGAAACUCAAUAGCGAGAAACUAUUCAAAUUUUCGUAAGCUUAGAAAAACUCUCCAUCACGAGGUGAAAGCUAAAAUAAAAUUGCAAAUGAAAACACAGUUUGAAGAACGGAACGAGAAUGUUCGUGACAAAUCUAAGAGCAAAACAAAAACAUUUUCAAUGUUUAAAAGUGUAACUCACAAGGUCAAGUCAAACAUGGCAAAGAAGUCGCAUCGUGUAGAAAAGAUAACUGAUGCUGCAUACACCGCCCAUAUGCCCUCAUCAACUGCGCAAAUUCCACAAGUCAGCGACGACACGGCUAGCAGUCACAGUGAAAAUGAUGAAGACAAUGACACCGUGGACCAGAUACUGCAAGACACUGUUGAUGAUAAUAUUCUCACCAAAGGAGAAAAUGUAGUGGAAGACAACGCUAAAAAGAAAAUAAGAAAAGGCCACAAUGAUGAGAAUUUAUGUGGGGUAGAUAACUUCGCAUACGUCGCAUCAGGAGAAAGCGAACGUGACGAAGAAGAGGCUAGUGAACUGAGCAACGACGAUACGUCAGUGAAGGGCAUCGAUAACUUGGCUUAUUCCCAUUCAGUAGCUGAGAGUUCCUUCGAUAAACAUGAGGACGAAAUCGAAGACUUCACAGAAUAUUCAUCUGAAGAAUUUAGUGAGGCCAAACCUGUAGAACCGUUCAGGCCACGAGUACAAGUCGAGAAAUUGUUGACGACCAAACCGGAUGAACCGCUCAGGCCACGAGUACAAGUCGAGAAAUUGUUUAAGACAUCUGAUCUCAGGACGCUACAGGAUGAAGAUAACACGGAAAGUUUCGAUCAAAACGCGGACGCCGUCUUCGAAAAUUACCGAGAACAGGAGUAUAAGCCAAUUAAACUCAAGCAACCCACAGGCCAACGUAUAAUACAACUGAAGGCGAAAAUCGAGUCCCAAUUACAACAACGACGAAAGAAAGGACCAGCAGGCUCAGUAAAUACAGUGUUAGAAGAUCAAGAUGGCUCUGAUUCACAAGAUUCAAACUCCGAGGACCGUCCAGACUUUGACACUAAAGUGGAGGCAUUCGAUGUUUCAUCUGAUACAUAGGCAUACGAUAUAGAGAUUGAUUUCAGACAAGUAGACAUGACGGUUAAAAAAAUUCGACGUUGCAUUUAGUUAAUUUCAUGUGGAAAAAAACAGAUGAAAAGUAAUUGGGUAUUUUAUUAUACAUGAUAAAUUAUUUAUCAUACAGCGCUUCCAAAGGGAAUCCGUUCUUCCACUCGACUCCUGAAAAAUUGACCCGAAAAAUUAUUAAUAUUUAUAACUAAAGUAUCACUUAUCAGAAUAUUACAAAAAUUUUAUAGCAGAUGCACGAAAACCAUACCGUAGUGCAUCAUUUAUAAUCUUUUAUAACGAAACACCUGAUUUGUCAAGAUUCUACGUCCUAUUUUACUUGAAAUAGCACCAGUUUUUAUACAAAUAAAGCACACUCGUAAAUUGACUUUCAUUCACAUACACUCUUAAUCUCAAGUGA